UACCUCACAAUCUGAAGUUGCCAGCCAAACCGAGCCACGCGAGAGGAGACUUUCUGAAUCUCCCUCACAGCCCAGGCGUUUGCCGCGGCGGAUGUAACCUGUGCAGCUCCUUCCUUCUACUGCUGCUUUGCUCACGCUUAAAUCCUUCUCCUUCACUGCCAGCGGUGCCAGAGCAGCGUGAAUUCCAAGAGAUCCACCAGCGGUUUUGUUUCUGUCCGAGGUCGCUCAUCCGAUCCUGCCCCGAGAGAGGCGCCAACAAAGGAGUCGAGGAGGUGCCACCCACCCCAGCUGCGGCGGGAGGAGGAGCGCCAAGGCCCGUGUCCCGACCCGCCGUGCGUACUCACUGGAGGGAAGGGCGGGGUGCCGCUCCGGGAGGGGGACGCCCGGUGGCCCGGGGUUAGCCAAGUUCCAGCUUUGGCGUCCCCUCCUUGGCUCCCACGAGAGGAAAGUUUGCCGUCGACGCUUGCGGCCGGCUCGCGCCCGCCGGGCCCAGGCGGUCGAAUCUUCGGAGCGGGCGCUGUCCCAGCUCCGGGGAACCGCGAGCCGCGAUGCCUGGGGCGGGCUCCCGGGGCCCCGCCGCCGGGGACGGACGGCUGCGGUUGGCAAGGCUGGCGUUAGUGCUGCUGGGUUGGGUCUCCGCGUCGGCCCCCAGCUCUUCGGUACCCUCGUCUUCCACCUCCCCGGCAGCCUUCCUGGCCUCGGGGUCUGCGCAGCCUCCGCCGGCCGAGAGAUGCCCCUCGGCGUGCGAGUGCUCCGAGGCGGCGCGCACGGUUAAGUGCGUGAACCGCAACCUGCUGGAGGUGCCGGCGGACUUACCGCCCUACGUGCGCAACCUUUUCCUAACCGGCAACCAGAUGACCGUGCUCCCGGCGGGCGCCUUCGCCCGCCAGCCGCCGCUCGCCGACCUGGAGGCGCUCAACCUCAGCGGCAACCACCUGAAGGAGGUGUGUGCAGGUGCCUUCGAGCAUCUGCCGGGUCUGCGCCGCCUUGACCUCAGCCACAACCCUCUCACCAACCUCAGCGCCUUUGCCUUUGCGGGCAGCAAUGCCAGCGUCUCAGCCCCCAGCCCCCUGGAAGAGCUGAUCUUGAAUCACAUCGUGCCCCCCGAGGAUCAGCGGCAGAACGGGAGCUUCGAGGGUAUGGUGGCCUUCGAAGGCAUGGUGGCAGCUGCCCUGCGCUCAGGCCUGGCACUCCGAGGCCUUACACGCCUGGAGCUGGCCAGCAAUCACUUUCUUUUCCUGCCUCGGGACUUAUUGGCCCAACUGCCGAGUCUCAGAUACCUGGACCUCAGGAACAACUCCCUGGUGAGCCUGACCUACGCAUCCUUCCGCAACCUGACACACCUCGAAAGCCUCCACUUGGAGGACAAUGCCCUCAAGGUCCUUCACAACUCCACCUUGGCUGAGUGGCAAGGCCUGGCUCAUGUCAGGGUGUUCCUGGACAACAAUCCCUGGGUUUGUGACUGCUACAUGGCUGACAUGGUGGCUUGGCUUAAAGAGACAGAGGUGGUGCCAGAUAAAGCCAGGCUUACCUGCGCAUUCCCGGAGAAAAUGAGGAAUCAUGGCCUCUUAGACCUCAACAGCUCUGACCUGGACUGUGACGCUAUCCUUCCCCAAUCCCUGCAGACUUCCUAUGUCUUCCUAGGUAUUGUUUUAGCUCUGAUAGGCGCUAUUUUCCUCCUCGUUUUGUAUUUGAACCGUAAAGGCAUAAAAAAGUGGAUGCAUAACAUCAGAGAUGCCUGCAGGGAUCAUAUGGAAGGGUAUCAUUACAGAUACGAAAUCAAUGCGGACCCCAGAUUAACAAAUCUUAGUUCCAACUCGGAUGUCUGAGAAACAGGACCGGUCAAGGAGGACUCUGCAUGAGGUGUAGACUUAAGGGUUUUUCUUUCUCCCUUUACUAGGCUUGCUCCACUUCCACACUCCACCAUAGACACUAUUGACUCUGAUCCUCGUUAUGUAAAAUCCUGGUGUGUUCUGUUAAUGUAAGGACAUGAACAACUGUGCACAUGUUUAUUUACCCUUUUCCUUUCCGUACUCCUCGAUGCCUGCGGAGGGAAUUUUUGUUUUUGUUUUGUUUGUUUUUUUUUUUCUUCUCUCAAGUCGCAGCAUGGACUUGGAAUAGUUCAGUUCAAGGUGUAGCACAGAUAACAUUCAACAGAGGCUGCCUCAGUUUUUUUGUUUUUUUUUUUUAGACAAAAGUACUUUAUUCAUAAAUGAGUUUCACCCUCACCUACCUAAAUGAUGGAGGAAAUAUUGCAUCCCCAAACUGCCUGCAGACCGUAGCAAGCUCUUACAUAGAACUUUGUAGUGCACAGGAGCACCUGCAUCCAAGAGCAUGCGUACAUUUUACUGUUCUGCAUAUUAAAAAGAAAAAGUUGCAACUUCAGAUAACUUCUUUGACAAACUAAAUUACUUUUUGAUUGCAGUUUAUAGGAAACUGACCUGAGGUUUUUCGGUGUUUUGUUUUGUUUUGUUUUUUUUUAUAAACUGCAUUGAGAUCCAACAGAUUGGAUUGUUAUAAAAAAAAAAUCAAUAAAAGAAUCUUAAAAGAA